AUGGAUUCUGUGAAUUUAUCCUCCCCGGUUUCUGAAUUAUCUCGAUCUUCAACUCCCUCCCUCUCGGUGUUUAAUCAAUCUAAUUCUCCUAAAGAUUUUGUAACACGCGUUUUAAGUCCAAAGAUAGCCGUUAUUUCUUCUCAAGAUGCUGAUCAAGUUUGUCAAGUUAAUAAUUUUCCAGAUUUUCUUACUUUAAUAAAGCCAUUUGGAGAACGCAUCGAAGGAAGAGUUACGGCUAUGGAUUCACAGGGUUUGAAAAUUCCUAUCGAAAACUUUACUGUUCGUUUCGCUAAUUUAACGAGUUUGCAACAGCCCGAUUUUCAAAUGAUUUCUCAAAUUCUCACGGAAAAAGUAAAAUCAAUUGGAAGUAAAACACAAGAAUUACCAAAUAUCACCACAAAAGCCGAUGUCAAAGAAAGGUAUUUGGAAGCAAAUUUAGAUGACUUGACACCUUGGUAUGCUGAAUAUCGUAGAUUAUUCUUUACAUUCACUGGUGUCUCCGAACACGAAACAUUUGAGCAUCCCGUAGCUUGCAUAAUCGCCAUAAGUUCAUCAAAUAAAGAUCCAAUUAAUACACUUUCCCAAAUGUAUGGCGUUACAAUCCCAUCUCCUAUAUUUGAUAAAGGCUUUAUGGAUACAACAAUUUUGAAAUAUUAUGUUCUCUUACAUGAUAAUCAUAAAGUAAGCCUAGAACAUUCUGAGGCUGUAUUUGAAAAAAUGAAACGCAGUUUUGGACUUCACUGUCAUCUUUUAAAAUUAAAUUCUAUCCCACCUGUUUUAAUUCCUGAAGAACCUAGUUCAAAAUAUUUAGUAGAUCGUAGUUUUAUAUCUGAUAUAUGGACUUCUACCGUUAAUGAUUUAAAUCUUCUUAACUCUAUGUUAGUUGCUUCUCCUUCUAUACAAUCCACCUCUCCUGAAGUUCAUUCCCGUCAAAAUUCUUUGACUUCUCUUUCUAGUUAUUCUCUUCCUCCUACAAUGUCAACUUUAAACUCUUCAAUUUCAUCCUUUACUGAAGAUAAUAAUAACAAUGAUUCUCAAAUUUCACUUAAUUUGGGUUUAAUGAAUAAUUCGCCUCCAAUGUAUGGACAAUAUCUGAGUGAAGAAGAUAUUACAAGAAUUAAUUCAUUUGUGCGAGAAUUAGUUGUACAAAGCAUUGUACCUUUUAUGGAGCGAAGCAUUCAAAAUUGGAAUGAACAGGUUGCUUCAUCAAGGCGUGGGAUUACUGGUCGUCUUUUUAGUGCUAGUAGACGUUAUUUUAGUGGACCCAAAACUGGUCUUGUUCAGCAGUCUUCACAGUAUCCUUACGCGUCCAAUACUUCCUCAAAUAACACAAUAUAUAAUUGCAAUACUCCUGAAGCUCAAAUGCGGAAAUUGGCGGAUUGGUCUUUUAUGUUAAGAGAUUAUAAAUUCGCGCAUUCUGUUUACGAUACGGUCAAAAAAGAUUUUUCUGCUGAUAAAGCAUGGAAAUAUUACGCGGGGGCUCAAGCAAUGAACGCAUAUUAUAACCGAUCAAAAUUACCAUUUUACGCUACAAGGGCUACUAUAUUGCAUUAUGAAUUAUUAAAAUUCAGAAAUUUAUAUAAAGAUGCGCCGCCAGCUUUAAUUCGAUUGACCGGAGAUGAUUCUGAUCUUAGGAGUGCAUUAUUUUUGGAACAAGCAGCUCAUGCUUUUUUGAGAUGUUCCAAACCAAUGGUCAGAAAAUAUGCUUUUCAUAUGAUCUUGGCAGGUCAUCGAUAUGUCAAAUGCAAUCAGCGAGAGCAUGCGUAUAGAUGUUAUCUUGCUGCUUCACAAGUUUUUGAGAAUAAUUCUUGGUCUUUGGUUGAAGAUCAUAUCAACUUCGUUCUUGGUCGACAAUCUUAUCAUUUAGGUGAUCUUCCCACAGCUAUUAAAUUUUUCUUGAAAUUAUUAAAAGCUAGUCGUCAAUCGCAAACACAACAAAGUGCAUAUUUAAAGGAAUUCUUGUACAUAUACAAGCAAUAUUUAAGUAAAAUGGAUGUAGAGCCCAAUUUUAAUUCUGAAGAAUUGCCAAUCCCCAUCAUAGAAGAUUCUUCAGUCAAAGUUAUUCUUUCGAAUUUACAAUCCUGUGAAUACGAUGACGGUUGGGAAAUAUUGGAGGAAGAUUUCCUUGAUGAAGGGUUUUCGGGAUUAGAUGCCUUUGGUAAACCAAGAAUAAGACCAUCGACAUUAAGCAGCGAUAUUCAUAGGACGGUAUGCGCUAUCGGAGAACCAUUUUUUGUACAAUUUAUGAUCCAGAAUCCAAUGCAAAUUCCAAUUAAUAUAAACGAUAUGACAUUGGAAUACGAAUUUGUACCUAUUCCUAAAUCAGAAGAAACAUUUUCAGAUUUAAAUAAUAGUUCAAAUAGUAAAAUUGAUGCCACUAAUAAUUUCGAAUUUCAAUUACUUAAAUUUGAAGAAUUUGACAUAGAAACUCUUCCUGAAAUUUCAUUGGAAGGGUCGGAAAAGAAAAUGCAAGGAACAAUCAAAGUUUUAGGACUUAAAUACGUUCUCAAUUCUCUUAUUCGUGGUAUAAAAAAAUUUGAAAAAUGCGGGAAACGUCUGAAUCAAACUAGGGAACAGCUUACAAAUGUAGUAUAUGCCCAAGAUCGAUCUUUAGAACUCACGGUGACAUCCCCGAUGCCAUUGCUCGAAGUCGCAUUCCAUAGUUUUCCUGAAAUGUUAUUAUCUGGUGAAGUCUCCCAAGUUUUCUUGGAAAUAAAUAAUAAAGGCCAAAGAGGAUUAACAGAUUUGCGUGUUAAAAUGAGUCACCCAAGUUUUUUUUGUAUUGGUAAUGCAGAUAUGUUGGAACAAAAAGCUUACGGUAAUGAUUCAGUCGAAGAAAAGGAACCGAUUACUGAGAAAUUUUCCACAAAAAAUAAGAUUUAUAAUUCUAGUAUUAAAGAUAUAUCGCUACCACUUCAAGAGGAUGCGAAACAAUCCUUAGCUCCUGGAAAAACUACACUAAUUCCUAUUUGGAUUCGAGGUGAUCGAAUUGGAAAACAUAUGUUUAGAUUUCUGUUUACAUAUGUAUCCGAGAAAAAUGAUUCCGCAAUGAGAUUUAGAAGUCUUCGUUAUUCUAAAACUAUUCAGGUUCUUCCAUCUCUUAAGAUAAAUGCUUUUACCAGGCCUAGCACUUGUGGAUUAAAUGAAUUUAUUUUGGGCAUUGAGAUCGAAAAUUUACAAACCUCUGCAGAAUUCCAAGUGGCUCAACUUUCGUCAAUUAGUCCAUCGUGGACGAUUUCUCCUGUGAAAGAAAUUUCAAGUGAAACGAAGCCAAAAUUUUUGAUUGCACCACGCCAGACAACAUUCACAUAUUAUCGCAUUAAAAAAUAUAAUCUUGCUGAUUCUAUCAACAAUGAAAACGAAAGUAAUGAAGAUAAGAACGUGUCACCGGAAGAGUUCACUUCAAAUGCGUUGGAUAAGUUAUUAACUGGAGAAAAUAAGUCACAAGCGGAACCAUCACCUAUUGAUCUUAUUGUGACCAAUAUACCUUUCACUGAUUAUAUCAUAAAACACUCGAAAAAUCCACUUGAAGGAUUUUCAUUGAAUUCACGAGUUCAAUGGCGAACCAACACGUUGAUAAAUAAUUUUCCCAUAAUAUCACCAAACAAACAUCCAUCAAUUUUUACACUUUAUAAUACUAACGACGUUGACCUUGCGCUUUAUUGGAAUAUACCUACUUUAUCAAGACAAGGACAUCACUAUAUUAUUGGAAUUAAUUUGGGAGUUCAACAAAAUCCAUUUCAGUCAAAAAUCAUGAAAUCUACGAAUAGAGCAUUAUUUGAGCAAACUGUUCGUGAACGAGCGGCACUUGCCAAUAGCCUGUUGAAAAACAAAAAUUUUAAAGAUGAGAGUCCAUUGAAACUUGUUAUACAAUGUGAUGAUUAUUUUGAACAUGAUUUCCAAAAUCAAAGAUUUUGUGUUGUUAAUGUUAAAAUUUCUAUCAAAAAUUGUUCAUGGAAUAAACGAAUUGGAUUUACAUUGGAAUUGUUGUCAUCUGAAAAUGAACCCGGAAAAAGUUCGUUGCAUAAAUCUACGUAUCCAACUGUAUUCCAUUGGACCGGUUCAACAUAUAAAUAUGCAAUUUUAUCAACCGAGGAAGUACAAACCUACUUGUUUAAAGCUUGUUUUAUUAGACCUGGAGUAUAUGAAAUAAAUCGAUGGCGAUUAGCAGUUAAUUUUGAUCCGGAAAUUCAAAAAGAUGACGGAGCAUUGAAGGGACAUCGCCUAGCUGCUUUAGGAUGA